AUGUCUUCCGAACCACACGAUUCCACAUAUCCGCUGCACCCUCACCACCCGAUACCCCUCUACACCCCGCCAUCCGGCUGGCACGCAGCGAUGUCUGAGUACAGCUACGACGACCGCCCGCGCCGCGGCGGGUCGCGCCGCACCCGCGACCGAGAGCCCGAAUACGCCUCAGAGACGACCUACAUCGAGCGCGGCGGCAAAGGCGCCCCAGUCCGCGACCUCGUCUACCGUCCCCGCGAGGACAGCAUCGAGGACAUCCCCCGCGACUUCCCACCGCCGGGCGGAGAGUACCGCCAGAGCAGAUACCGCGAGACCGACUAUGCCCCGCGCGCCCGAUCCGCCGGCCGCCGCAGCUACGACGACCGAUCCGACUACGGCUAUCCACCCUCCAGCCGGGGCGGUGGCAGACGCCGCAGCUCCUACGAUCGCGAUGGCUACUACUCUGACGACUACGACAAGCCUCGUCGCGAGCGCCGCAAAUCAGUUGUCGAUAACAUCAAAGAUACGGCGGAGGGUCUUGGCCUCGGCGGCGUCAUCGCCGCUGUGACCGGCAAGAAGUCUCGAAGCCGCUCUCGGUCCCGUCAUGGAGGCUGGGACGACGACAGCGACCGAUACGACCGCCGCAGUCGACGAUACAGCGACGAGUCUACCGAGCGCAGCCGCAGCCGGGGCGGGAAAGGCCACAAAAGCUCCGCCAAGUGGGAGCAAGCCGCAAAAGCAGCCGUCGUUGCUGGUGCCAUCGAAGCCUUCCGCAGCCGCAAAGAACCUGGUCCCUGGACUGGGCAGAAGGGCCAGCGCGUUGCUACUGCCGCGCUUGGUGCCGCUGGUAUCGACAGUCUCGUAGAUAAAGACCCAAGUCACAAGGGAAAGCGUCACGUUGCUGAAGCCGCCCUCGGUGGUCUCGUUGCCAAUCGUCUUGCCAACGGCUCCCGCUCGCAAUCUCGAGGCCGAGGACGUGAUGCAUCCCGAUCACGCUCGCGGUCACGAUCCACAGGCGGUGGCCUCCGUGCUCGAUCCAGGUCUCUCUUUGGCCGCGGACGUUCCCAAUCUCGCGGCCGCGACGGCGAAGACAAAAGCCACACUCUCCGCGACGUCGCCGGCGCGGGAGCCGUCCUCGCUGCCGGCAAGGCCCUUUACGAUCGUGUGCGCUCCAAAUCCCGCUCUGCCAAGGACCGGAACCGCUCCCGCAGCGUCUCCAGCGAGGACAGCUACGUGCCGUCGCGUGGACGCAACCACAACGGCGGACGCAGCCGCGACAUGGAAUCCUACGACGGUGCGUCCCGCAAUAGCGGUAGCCAAAGCCGUGCAGUCGCUAAGAAAGUCAAGGGUGGAAAUAGCAGCGAAGACUCUGAGUCGACGACCGACAUGGAGCGCAAGCGCAAGAAAAUGCGAGGUAAGGAACUCCUGACAGCGGGCUUCGCGACCGUCGCCACAAUCCACGCGGCGCACGGCGUCUAUUCGUCUAUGGUGGCCUCCGAGAAGCGGCGCAAGCUGGUGAGCGAGGGCGAGAUCACGCCCGAGGAGGCGCGCAAGCGCAAGAGCAAGAACAUGCUCCAGGACGCGGCGGCCGUGGGCAUUGCAGCACUCGGUAUCAAGUCAGCCUUCUCCGAGUGGAAGGAGAUGAACGAGCAGCGGCACACGGUCAAAGAGCUCGAGGACAAGCGCCGCAAGAGGAGGAAGCAGCGGGAGAAGAUGGAGAAGGAGGCUCGCCAGAAUGCGCUCGGUGGUGGUGGUGGUGGUGGUGGUGGCGGCCCUGUCGCGAUUCCUAAUGGACAGUAUGCUAAUGCGUAUCCUGCGUAUCCGACAGCUCCGAGGCAACAAGCGUAUCCGACGACUUAUGCGGAUGCGAAUCCGUAUGGGAGCGUUCCCCCGCCCCCUAUUGGCGCGCCGCCUGGCGCGAGAUAUUAG